GAGACCACGUUGCGUUGCAGUGUGUCGAAAAUCAGUUUCUUAUAAUGACAUCACCAUAAUUUUUGUGUGAAAAAGUUUCACAGUGUGAACUUGAAAAGAAAAUCUUUAACAUUUUUUUGUUAUUUCAGUACCCUAUCACGUAAAAAGACAUGUCAGACGUGGAGAACGAUGAUGUCCCUUCUGCGAUGGCAGCAGGAGGAGCAAUGGAUGUAAACACUGCCCUCCAAGAAGUUCUUAAAAAUGCCCUUAUUCAUGACGGUGUUGUGCAUGGUCUUCAUGAAGCUGCCAAAGCAUUAGAUAAAAGACAAGCUAUGCUUUGUAUAUUAGCCGAAAAUUGUGAUGAACCUAUGUACAAGAAACUAGUACAAGCAUUAUGCAAUGAACAUCAGAUUCCUCUAAUCAGGGUAGAUAAUAACAAGAAACUUGGUGAAUGGGCUGGUCUUUGUAAAAUUGACAGUGCUGGUAAAGCUAGGAAAGUUGUUGGGUGUUCCUGUGUUGUUAUAAAGGACUUUGGAGAAGACACUCCUGCAAAGGAUGUUGUGGUAGAAUAUGUCAAACAAAGUUCUGUACACUAAGAUCUUGUAAUAAAACAUUGGAUAUAAAUU